AAAUCUUACACCAUACUCGAGGAUAUAUUGACCAAAAAAACCCCUCUCUUCAUUAAAAUGAACAUUUAAACUUGUUUUUAUUGAUUCUAGUCAAGCUAGUUAUUUCUCAGAGAUGACAAAAUUCAACAUUUUUUCUUCCGCAGUUCUUCUAGUUCUCGUCCACUUACAUGCAAAUUACUGCAACGCUCAAUCUCUAACCACAGAAACCAAAUUUAAUGGUACAUUUUUUGCCAAAUCAAAUGGUACCCAUUUUCUAAUGAACACCAAACCCUUCUACUUGAAUGGAUUUAAUGCGUAUUGGAUGAUGUACAUGGCUUCUGAUUCAUCAACUAAAUCUAAAGUCACCUCUGCAUUUCUUCAAGCUUCCAACAAUGGCAUGAAUGUUGCUAGAACUUGGGCUUUUAGCGACGGUGGUUAUAAACCACUACAAAUUUCUCCAGGCUCUUACAAUGAAGACAUGUUCAAGGGACUGGAUUUUGUGAUGUCAGAAGCAAAAAACCAUGGGAUUUAUGUGAUAUUGAGCUUGGUGAAUAAUUUUAAAGAUUAUGGAGGUAGAACACAGUACGUUCAGUGGGCAAGGGAAGGUGGUCAGCAAAUAACUAGCGAUGAUGAUUUUUACACAAACCCUAUUGUCAAAGCAUACUAUAAAAACCAUGUCAAGGCUGUGCUCACGAGAAUCAACUCAAUAACAAGAGUGGCGUAUAAAGAUGAUCCUACCAUUUUUGCAUGGGAACUUAUGAAUGAACCUCGUUCCGAUACUACAUUAAUUCAGGAGUGGGUAAAAGAAAUGGCAGGCUAUGUGAAAUCAAUUGAUAGUAGCCAUCUCCUAGAAAUAGGACUAGAAGGAUUUUAUGGAGAUUCAAAGAAGCACUUUAAUCCCAAUAGUUACUUAGUUGGAACUGAUUUUAUCUCCAACAACCUAAUUCCUCACAUAGAUUUUGCCACCAUUCAUCUAUACCCUGAGCAAUGGUUGCCAAAUUCAAGUGAAGAUGAGCAGUCUGAAUUUGUGAACAAAUGGGUCCAAGCCCAUGUUCAAGACUCCAGUUUGGUGCUUAAAAAGCCACUUAUUCUUGGGGAGUUUGGAAAAUCUUCCAAAAUUUCUGGAUACAGCUUGGAGAAAAGGGACACGUAUUUUUUGAAAAUCUAUGAUGCAAUAUACAGCAGUGUGAUAAAUGGGGGCCCAUUUUGUGGUGGGCUUUUCUGGCAACUCAUGGCCCAAGAUAUGGGUAAUUGGGGUGAUGGGUAUGAGGUUGUGUUGGAGGAAAGUCCAUCUACUGCUAGUAUAAUAGCUCAACAGUCUACCAAACUAUCAUCUAUUGAAUGAAAAAUCCCAAAAAAUAAUAAUUUAA